AAAGAGUUUUCCCAAGUGGAGUGAAGUGAAGUGGAGUGGGCACAGUCAGGAAAAUUCUAAUUAAAUAAAAAUUGAUUUUUCCGUGUGUAGUGUUUCUGUGUUCUAAGUGAAAUUCAACUCAAAAUAUUCCUUCUGUUAAAUUCAGAUAGAAGGAAUUUGUCUUUUCUUUUCCUACAAAGAAAUGAGCAUAACUCAACAAGAACCAAACCAUGAAAAACCCUUCAAAGACUACGAUAAAUUGAUCGCUGCUGACGACGACAACGAGGACAAUGGCCAUCAGAAGGAUGAGAAAAUUUCAAUUAGUGACCAUGGGAAUGUUUUGCUACAAAAACAACAGCAGCAACAACAAAAACAACAGCAACAACAUCAGGAGCAGACAUCAGUUAUUGUCGACCUGGAUUUUUCCCAAGGACUUUCCAAAACACCAACACCAACCAGCUGUGAGGAGGACAAUUUAGAUUUUGACGACGAACCGCCACAUCCGCUUAGUGAAAGAUGGUCCCCAUUGGGAGCAAAUUAUGACGACACAAUUGGUCUAGCUGGAGAUAUUUUAGGUCGAGAAAUCGAUUUGAAGCAAUUAGAUUGUCAGCAUGUUUCUAAUGGGGAAGAGUCGAGGCCAGAUUCUUCAUUGGCUCUUGAUGUUCAUCGGUUAAGGUCGAUGGAAGAAGAGCAAGAGAUCUUGACUUCUUCGUUGAUGGCAUUGACUUCGCACUUUGCUCAUGUUCAGUUGAGGGUGCGGCAGAUUGUUGAGGCGCCUUCAGAUGAACGAGAUGGAUUGCUGAAGGAUUUGGAGGAGUUUGCUUUUCGCGGCAUACCAGAGCCCAUGGGAGUUAACCAAGUAGCAAAUCCAUCAGAUGACGACAAAGCUGAAAACAAUAUGGAAGCAAUCCGCAAACGCCAAUGCGAACUAAUCGAUAAUUUAAAAUCACAAUUAUCUGAGUUGGAAAAGUUUGCAUAUGAAUCCGGUGCGCCUGUACUGCCACAACACAUUCUAUUGGAGAAACAAAAGAUCAUAAUUGACGAACUGAAGCAAAAGCUAAAUUUCAAUGUAAACGAAAACGAUUUGCCACAAUUGUCUUCGGAGGAUUUGAAAAAUCAAGUAGAAAAUGCAAUUGGUGAAUUUGUGGGUCCGUUGAAAAUGAAAGAACAACUCGUUGCCCAACUUAAGACUCAAAUCACAGAUCUCGAGCGAUUUAUAGCUUUCCUACAAGGGGACGCAGAAGAUCCGAAAAAUAAUAAAAGUGCAUCGAACGAAGCUUACAACAGCUAUUCUGCUAAGAAGAAAACUUCAAAUCGACAAAAGGCAUGUAGUUCGAAGGAUGGCAAUACCAAUUGUAGCAACGAAGUGAGGCAAGCUGGUGACAGUUUUGAACAUAUUAAUCCAGUACAGGUUAAUAAUACAUCAGCUAGUACCAAUACCACAAAAUCCACUGAGAGUCUCAACAGCAAAGCGCACGGACUGAUGGACAAAGCCUCCGUGCUCAUGCAAAUGUUUGCGACCACACAUUUUGGGCUAAAGCCCGAUCGCUUCCAGAAAAAUACUCUCAAGAAGACUUCCAAGGGCAAUCACUGGGGUGAUCUGCGAGCCCAAUUAGAAGUGGACAUACAAGAAGUCGCCUCAUUGGCCGCAACUUUAAGUUUCGACCGGGAGAAACUGGUCAAUAUGCGGAAAACACUCAAAAAGAGAAAACUUGCUGCUUUGAAUCGGGCUAAUGGAGUUGUUUCCACAACUGCACCCGUGGGACGAAGUAGAGCGUGCAAAGAUAUUGAUUUCUAUGAUAGAUUGUCUUCCUCGGACUCGGAUGAAGAUGAUGAAUUUUACGACUGGGAGAAGUACAGGAAAAGAAUAGCCCACUGCAACAAGAACAGCAGUGAUUCCAUAAACCUGAUCAACAAAGAGCUGACGACUGCUGUCCGGAAAAAUUUUGCUAUAACCCUUCAGCGUCUGAUACAGCACGGUCUGCGGGCACCAGUCGAAACAACUUCUAGUCUCAUUGUACCAUUUAUGCGAUGCUUAAAUCCGUCCGCAAUUCAUGAAUCAUCUGCAGAACAUAGAGCCGCCCGUGCUUCAUCUUCAUUUCUAGCGCGUAACAAUGUAUUUCCUCCAGAGAGUGCAGAGUGCGAUAAUAUGGAUUGCGACACGAAUAAUGGGUUCUUUGGAGGACCCAGUGGAAGACAGAUGCACGCAUGGGAACUUAUUCUCGAGUACUAUUUUCUGAAAAAUGGUGACGAGUAUAACAACACCCCGGCACGAAAGCUUUCACAAAGUUUUAACCUUGAAAUAGUCGGAGCUCAGGCUGUUUCUAGCAAACAAAGUUUGUUAAGUGUCAUCGGAAUGAUUAUCGCCCUGCACAGUCCAUAUAAGCGAAGUUACAAUUCACACUUUAAGGCAUUUGUUUGUGCGGGUCUCAACUCAUCUCAGCUCGUCGAAUGGCUAAAUUUGAUUUUGGGUUGUAGCGAACUUGUGGACACAUAUUACACAGCAAAUUCUUAUGUUGUGCGCACCGGGUUCCGCGACUCCCUGCGAUCAAUUGAUGUUCUAUCAAAGUACGAUUUUGACUUACCCGUCGAUUUGGCAGUUCGACAUUUUCGAAACUUAUAAAACGAGGAACAAGCCUUGGUAAUGCAUUCCAUAUAGAAAAUAAUAUCAAAAUCAAAAAGACAUUCCGCUGAAAAAUUGUCUAAAAAAACAACUUUUUUAAUCAAUAUACGAACAGAAAACCGUAAGAAUUUUUAAUCAUCAUUCUAGUCAAAACCAAAGAUCUCUUUUAAUUAUUUAAAAUUCAAUUAUUUCGAGUACUAUAAUAAUUAUUAUUAUUAUUGGCACAUAAAAAAAUGCUAAUCGAUAAAUAUACUAUAUAUACAUACAUACCAUAUAUACAUACAUAUAUAUAUAUGCAAUUUAUCCUUUUCUCAAUUAUUAUAAUAUCUGAUGUGUAUUUUAAAUAGCUAGGACGUUUGUCCAAGUUUUUUUUGGUGUGUAUAAAUAUUAUAAACAAAAAAACUU